ACCCGCCCCCCGCCAAGCCGCAAGUCCUCUGCUCUGUGUACUGCGUGGAGAGCGACCUGCCCGAGGCCCCCUCCGCCGAGUCCCCGUCGCCUCCGGAGUCCCCACCUCAAGCACCGCCGGGGCCGAUUCCCGCCAGUCCGCCUGCCUCCUUUCCAAGCUCCCCGCUGUCGCUCCCGGCUGACCCCCUAUCCCCCGACGGCGGCAGCAUCGAGCUGGAGUUCUACCUGGCUCCGGAGCCCUUCUCCGUGCCUGGCCUAUUAGGAGCUCCACCCUACUCUGGCCUGGGCGGGGUAGGGGACCCCUAUGCGCCCCUCAUGGUGCUGAUGUGCCGGGUGUGCCUGGAAGACAAGCCCAUCAAGCCCCUGCCCUGCUGCAAGAAGGCGGUGUGCGAGGAGUGCCUCAAAAUCUACCUGAGCUCUCAGGUACAACUUGGCCAAGUAGAAAUCAAAUGCCCAGUCACAGAGUGUUUCGAGUUCCUGGAGGAAACAACUGUUGUCUACAACUUAACCCAUGAGGACUCCAUCAAGUAUAAGUACUUCUUGGAACUUGGCCGGAUUGACUCCAGCACCAAGCCGUGUCCUCAAUGCAAACACUUCACAACCUUUAAGAAAAAAGGACAUAUCCCCACUCCUUCCAGAUCAGAAAGCAGAUACAAAAUCCAGUGUCCCACUUGCCAAUUCAUCUGGUGUUUUAAGUGCCACUCUCCUUGGCAUGAAGGUGUUAACUGCAAGGAGUACAGAAAAGGAGACAAGUUAUUGCGUCACUGGGCCAGUGAGAUUGAGCACGGGCAGAGAAAUGCCCAGAAGUGUCCAAAGUGCAAGAUCCAUAUCCAGAGGACAGAAGGGUGUGACCAUAUGACUUGUUCACAGUGUAACACUAAUUUUUGCUAUCGAUGUGGAGAGAGAUACCGCCAGCUCCGGUUUUUCGGAGACCAUACAUCAAACCUCAGUAUAUUUGGAUGCAAAUAUCGCUACCUCCCAGAGAGACCUCACUUAAGAAGAUUAGUUCGAGGGUCAGUCUGUGCUGGAAAGCUCUUCAUUGCGCCUCUUAUCCUGGUUUUGGGAUUGGCACUAGGGGCCAUAGCAGUUGUAAUUGGUUUAUUUGUAUUUCCUAUAUAUUGCCUUUGUAAAAAACAGAGAAAGCGAUCACGGACAGGUAUGCACUGGUAAUCCACAGAGGACUUCACAUGACGUCAGCUGGUACCAGGAGGAGCCGUGCAGGGUUGUGCACCUGUCUGUGAGUUGGAUCCUUCAAACCACCAAGAGGAACCUGUGCCAUCUCGUGUCCUGUGGUUCUCUGCAGGCCACAGUGCUCUAGCUACGGUGCACUCCCAUGGUAUCCUGUCCUUUCCCUAAACAAUUGCUGCUCUGAAAAAUGAAACGGUCACUUUCGUUAACUAUAGACAUUUACAUAGUAACUCUGGCCUUUGUGGCUCUCGGAAGAAAAUACUUUGAGAACAGGGUAUCCUCAGAUGUGUUUUGAGGACACCUCACAGGAGUGUUAUUUGGAUUGUCUGAACCUUGUGCUUCCCCAGGCUGUCUCUGAGACUUGGUAUGCAUAGCUGAAUCCUGCCCGUCUCAACAAACAAAGCCACUUUUCAGAAGAUAAAUCAAAGUUCAUCAAAUGCACCUGUUGUCAUCUGUAACCCAAAUGGUAUAGUCAUUUUGUUCUUUGGAUACUGUAAUUGCUUUAAAAAAAAAUCUCAGCACCCAGAAGGGAAUUAAUGAAACUAAAUUAAUGAGAAGAACCUGAGUUCCUGGUGCGUGUAUGUAAGGAUGUGAAUGUGUGUAUAUAAACACGUAUUAAACCAGGCUCCGUAACCGUGUGCUCGUCCAUUUCCGUGUCUGUUCUCAUACAGCCUUUCAGCCAUGAUGGUUAUUUCCGUGGGCCUAACUUGGUAAUGUACUGAAUUAAAGCCAGUGUCAACAAC